AUGCUAAAAUUAGCCAAACCUCUCAUUGUGCACGCUGCAACCGAGCUCGUACUGGAAAUAUUGCUCUGUAUUGUCCGCUUGCAGUUUGCACGGAAAACAAAAACAUCGAUUACAAGCAAUAUGAAGUUUACUGGUAAACCCCGAAAGGUUUUUAAUGGUUAUAUUGACCCUCCCGUGUUUCCAAUCGAUCCCAACUGGACGAUAAAAGGGCGGUUUAAAAGCAUAAUUCUUUCUCAGGCGUCCCUGAGACCGGAACCCGGCCUGAACAUGAACGCCGUCGUGUUCACCUGCUGCCUCCUUUUGCUGCUCUGCAGCUCGGCGGCGCCCAUGUGCAUCGCCUCCGAUUACACGUUGUACGUGGAGAAGCCUGAGUGCGACUUCUGCGUGGCCAUCAACACCACGAUUUGCAUGGGAUUUUGCUAUUCCAAGGACAGCAACAUCAGAGACAUAUUCGGCUCGCGCUUCGUGAUCCAGAAAGGCUGCACCUACGACAAGGUGGAGUACCGCACGACCCAGCUUCCCGGUUGUCCCGGAACGGCCAGCGCCACCUUCACUUACCCGGUGGCCAUCAGCUGCCACUGCGGAGCCUGCCGGACCGACACCGACGAGUGUGCCCACAGGGCGGACGUGGGCGGCGCUGCGUGCACCAAACCCGUCCGACGCUUGUACCCGUACCCUGACGACUACAUGCUCCCCUUUUGAAUCUGUCGCGCGUACGCCAUUGCAUCCUGCCCGCUUUGUCGUGCCUGCGUCAGACAAGGCUUGUGAGCCUCGUGUGUAUCUGAGUCACUGACCUAAUUCAUCCCCACUGUACACAGAUGUGUUUGUUGUACUCCCAGGCUGAUUAUGCGCACUCGAUUAAAGUAUCUAAAUAGCCUGCGUCCCAGCUAAGCCGUGCUUGACUUAAUCACAUCCGGUUUUCGCUUUCUGUUUACUUCUAAUACACAAGGCCUGCUAAACUUUGCACAAUGUCACCUUGGAGACUAUAUUUGCCUUGGCAGCAAGGCACGUGAACAUGAGAACAGGUUGUUAAGGGUGCAGGCUUGACCCUUUCGAAAUCUUGUCCUCCUUGAUUGAUAGUGCCCAAUUCUGUUCAUUUCAGAACAAUAGCAAUAGCGUUUGAACGGUACCACAAAGAACAGGAAAUAAGAUGUAAUUGAAUCAUAGAUGGACUAAAGACCCUGUAAAGAAGUGUUGUUAAAAAGUCUGCCAAA